UAUGUAGUGUGUAAGAAGGCACGGCGGUAGCCAGAGCAGAGCUCUAUCAACAGAGUAGCAGGCCAGUGAGUGAGAGUGAGCGAGGAGACGAAGAAGACGGCUCGCUAAGAGUUACGCACUGAGUAUGUGCUGGCGGCGGAUAACGGCGAACGACGGACCAACAAAAAAAAAACAGAAAGAAGCGAAACAACAAAGUGUGCGUGCGCGUGUGUGUGUGCAUGUGCGUGUGUGGCUCGUCGUGUGUGUGUGCGUGUUUUUCUUUAUUUUCUUUUGUAACAACAAAACAACAUUACUUAAAUCAUAAUUAAUAUUAUCGAAAACGACGCAACUGCAGUCAGGGUAUUGAACACACUUUUCUGCCUCUGUAUGUCGCGACGCGAUAUCGCAGCAGAAGCGCAGCUUAAAUGAACUGCAAUAUAAAUGAAAUCAAAUCAAAACAAAGCAAACACACAAAACGUGAACAAAAGACAGAAAGUAUAACAUAGUAAAUACAACGAAGGACAAUAACAAAUUUUGCUGCUAUAGCAAUAGCAAGAAGAAGCAGAAGCAGGGGACAAGAUGACGGACUUUGUGGAGCUGAUGAACAGCAUGUCGAGCAAAUUUAACAGCGACUGCGCCACAAGCACUGCCGAAGGCGAUACGCUGCUCAAUUUGGAUUUGGCCGAGGAUAAAACGCUCAAGUGGCGCAAUUUGGCCAACAAUCAAUUUGCGUGCAAGGAUAAGGAGAAGAAGCAGCAGCAGCAGCAGCAGCACAACAGUCAGCAGCAGCAACAACAACAAAAUAACGAUGCUGCUGCUUCUGCUGCCAGCAGUGCUGCCAAUGCGAGUAAUGCAAAUGCCGAUGCCAGUGCUGCCCAUAACAACGAGAAGCAACAGGAGACGACGGCAACAACAACAACAGAACAACUCGAUGCGGAUGUUAAAGUGGAGACGGAAGCAACAAUCGCUGCUACCGAUGCUGGCGCUGAGCUUUUACAGUCGCCGUCGGCGUCGCAGUCGCCUCAAGGCCAGCGCCAAAGCCAAGGCGCCAAUGUAGCCGCCACUGCAGAAAUAACACAAAUUGCAGCAGCAGCAGAAGAUGAUGCGUCGAAAGCAACAGCAGCCGCAGUAGCAGCAGCAGACACACACGAAACAAAGUUUGCUGAAGCAGCAACAGCAGCAGCGACGUCGACGUCGACAGCGGCAGCGGCAGCGCCGCCUAACGAAACGACAGCCGACGAUGAUGACGAUGACGUUGCCGAAUGCGCACCCGAAGCAAAAGGCGAAGGCGACGCCGACGCCAAUGGCAGCGAUGACAUCGACGCUGCUGCGGCGACAACAACAAAUGCAAAUAAAGUAAAUGCUAUCGAAGAAGAAAAAGAGUCAACAGCAACGGCAACGGCAACAACAACAACUGCAGUCAAAGUGGAGCAGGAAGCGUGCAAAAUAGCAGAAACAACAACUACAACAACAACAACAGAAGCAGCAGCAGCUGUGACCGUAGCAGCAGCUGCUACAGAAAGUGCAUCAGCAACAACAACAAGUACAGCAGCAGCAGCACCAAUUACAACAACAGCCGAAAGCAUUAAGACUGAACAUGAAAAUGAAUUGGAAACCGCAAACGCAACCGCAACAACACCUAAAGAAGAGUUUUUGGAUGAAACGCAGGAGCAGCAAACGUCAGCGGCGGCUGCUGCUGCUGAAGUUGGAGUCGAGGUCACAACAACAACAACCGCAGCAGCAGAAAUAGCAUCAACGGCAUCCCCAAUGUUACUGGACGACGCUCCACUUGUUGUCAACGCUGCCGACGUCGCUGCUGACGCAACAGAUUCAACAUCAACGAAAGCUGCUCAGGGCGACGCUGGCAGCGACGACGUCACAGCCGAACCAGCGCCAGCAGCAGAAACUACAACUACAACAGUGACAGCAGAAGCAGAAGCAGCCGCAGAGGCAGCGGUGACUGCUGAUAAAAACGAACAAAAUGCUGCAGGCAGCAUGCGGCGACUUCGUGGCACGCCGCGUCCCACAGACGACGCAGAACUGCAACCGGAACAGACAUCGCUGCCAGUGGAACAGGAGCAGCAGCAGAAGCAGGAAGAGGAGCAGCCAAUACCGGAGUUGGAGCAGGCUACGGCGUCGGUAGAGUUGGCCACCGAGGAGAACAACCAAACGCCGCUGGUCAGCGAUGUGAAGAAGGAGCCAGAAAAGACGGCUGUCGAGGAGGCGACGCCAGCCGCAACGCCAGCGCCAAAACGCGGACGUGGACGUGCCAAAAAGAUAAAAACCGAUGCGGAUCAAAUCACAGUUGCCGAAACGGAGCAGCCAACAGCUGAGGAGACAACAUCGCCGACGCCGACGCCAACACCCACGCAGCCAGAGCGUAAAGUGGGACGACGACGCAAGCUGCCAGAGGAUGAGUUGUCAACGGAGUUGCUGGUGGUGAAACUGGAGCACGAGGAUGACAGCAACACAACAGCUGGAGCCACAACAACUGCACCCAGUGGCGAUGCAAAGCGCAUGCGACGCAGCGUGCGUCUGGGCAAUCGUCAUGAUCUCUCCGCUGCGGCUGUUGCAGUCUGCUGGCCGGAUGAGAUCAAAGCGGAGCCACUGACGACAACAGCCCAGGAGCAGGUGCAGCCAUCCAACACCCAGCAGCUGUCAGUGGCAACAGUGGCUGCUGCAGCUCCUCCAGCUUCUGUUGUGGAAGCGCUGCCCGCUGUUGCGACGGUGCUGGACGAAAAGACGCCACCAAAGAAGCGCGGACGCAAGGCCAAAUUGCCAGCCACAGCGCCAGCGGCGACAAUCGUUCAAUCAACGUCACAAGCGGCAAGUGUUGCAGCUGCCAGCAGCAACAUGGGCAACACAACAGCAACAGCUGCAGCGCUGUCCAAUGGCAAUAAGCGUGCGCUUAGCUCGAUGUCCGGCAGCAGCGUGAGCGAUGUCCAGCUGCCAAAGCGCUCGAAGCGACGCAUCAAGCCAACGCCCAAGAUACUGGAGAACGACGAGCUGCGCUGCGAAUUCGAGACGAAGCGCAUCGAACGCUUGACCCACUGGGAGGCAGCUGCCGAAGGCGAAGCUGCCGCUGCCGCACACUUUGAGACGCCGUUGCAAUCAUGUGGAGGUGGCGCAGGAUCGAAUGGAGGUUCAUCGACGUCGCGUCAGAAGAGCGACAAAUCGGAUGGCGGGGGAAGCGGCUUCGAGCAGCAUCCGGCUGGGAGUAAUUCGAUUAAGAAGCGUCUGUUCUCUAAGUCACAGCGUGACAUUGACAACUCUGGGGCGGCAUUGUUGGCGCAAAGUCUGCUGCCGCCGUGUCCCGAUCUCGAGCAGUUCAUCAGCGACAUCAAGGCGGCCAAACUGAAUGCGAAUCGCUCGCCCGAGGAGCGCAAGCUGAACAAGAAGCAGCAACGCAAGCUUGCCAAGCAAAAGGAGAAGCAUCUGAAGACGCUGGGCUUGCGGCGCAACAACAGCGAGGAGGCCAGCGACAACGAUAGCUCCAACACGGACAACGAGGAGUUUGUGCCCACCACCCGAGUCCAAGUGGGCAAACCAAGUGUAACGCUGCGACUGCGCAAUGCCAGCAAGGAGACGACCGUCGGCAGCCGGACGAAGCAAUCGCUUUCGUUGCCACCGCCAUCCGCAGCAGCAGCAGCCACGAUUGCACCGCCUCCAGCAACAACCACAGCGAGUGGCAAGCUAAGUCGACGCGUUGGCGUGCGUGGCGCCAACGCAGCAGCAGCUGCUGCAGCUGGAGGUGGAGGAGGAGGAGCGACGACCACGACGCUGGAUCAUGCUCAGUUGCAGGCCUUGAAUAGCGCCAUUUUGGCCGCUGCCCAUGAUGCGAGCGAUGCUGUGGCCAGCACCUCGGCUGCCGCUGCCGCAGCGGCUGCUGUUGUCAAAUUCAUCUGUUUGUGCCAGAAGAGUUCGCCGUAUUAUGCGCCCAAUGCUCCGGAUGCUUCGUAUUGCUGUGCCAUCGACAACAUUGAUGAGCAGAAGAUUGGCUGCUGCAAUGAGCUCUCUGCCGGCGUCCACAAUCUCUUGCGUCCCAGCCAGCGAGUGGGCUACAUGAUACUCUGUGAUGAGCACAAGAAGCGAUUGCAGUCCCACAAUUGCUGCGCCGGCUGUGGCAUUUUUUGCACACAGGGCAAAUUCGUGCUAUGCAAGCAACAGCACUUCUUUCAUCCGGACUGCGCGCAACGCUUCAUCUUGAACAGUCCCUACGACAAUGGCGCCAGCAAUAACAACGGCUCCUCCUCCUCCUCACACAGUUAUCCCAGUCCGCUGCUGGUGCUUAAGUGUCCGCACUGCGGUCUCGAUACGCCGGAGCGCACCUCAACCGUAACCAUGAAAUGCCAAACAUUGCCCGUCUUUCUGCCCGCCCAGAAGACCAAAAUCAAACCCGCCAAGCUGACGACGUCAGCGCAUCUCACGCAGUUCGCUAAGCCCAGCGCCAAAGGAGCCUCAACAUCGAGUGCCACACGUGGCAAGAACAGCGCAGUUAUCGGCAACGUCGCCUCCACGUCCAGCAAAUCGAAUGGCACGCGUGCCAACAGCAGCAGCAAUGGCAAGGCAUCGACAGCAGCCUCGACGGCAUCGUCAACAGCGGCAACAACAGCAGCAGGAGCGAGUGGCGGUAAUAGUGCGGGAAAUGCACUCAACGUCAUCAACUUUGAACAGCUGAUACCCGAGUCCGUGAUGAAUGUGGUGCAACGUGGUCGCAUGGUUUCCUCCAGCGGUCGCGUCACCACCGAGUUCAACUCACGCGACAUGUACUACGCGGUGCAGAACGAUGAUCUGGAGCGUGUGGCCGAGAUACUAGCUGCCGAUUACAAUGUGCUGACUCGAAUGCGUGAAUAUCUUAACGGUACCUGCCUGCAUCUGGUCGCUCACUCUGGCACUCUCCAGAUGGCUUAUUUGCUGCUCUGCAAGGGCGCCAGCUCGCAGGAUUUCGUCAACAUCGUGGACAGCGAAUUGCGCACCGCAUUGAUGUGCGCUGUCACCAAUGACAAAUGCGAUAUGCUCAAUUUGUUUCUGCAAUGCGGCGCCGAUGUGGCCAUCAAGGGUCCAGAUGGCAUGACGAGUCUGCAUAUUGCAGCCAAGCUGGGUAAUCUGGAUGCGGCACAGCUCAUUGUGGACAGCUAUCGCGCUUCGCGCAAUAUUGCCAACUUUCUGAGCUUCAUCGACACCCAAGACGAGGGCGGCUGGACGGCGAUGGUCUGGGCAGCUGAGCUGGGACACACGGAUAUCGUCAGUUUGCUACUUAAUCAUGGCGCAGAUGCGAACAUUUGCGACAAUGACAACAACACGGUGUUGCAUUGGUCGACGCUGCACAACGAUGGCCUCGAGACGAUCACGGUGCUGCUGCAAGCGGGCGCCGAUUGCAAUGUGCAGAAUGUCGAGGGCGAUACGCCGCUUCACAUUGCGUGUCGUCAUUCGGUGACGCGUAUGUGCAUCGCAUUGAUAGCGAAUGGCGCCGAUCUGAUGAUCAAGAACAAGGCGGAGCAGCUGCCCUUCGAUUGCAUACCCAAUGAGGAGUCGGAAUGCGGACGAACCGUUGGCUUCAACAUGCAGAUGCGCAGCUUCCGUCCGCUCGGACUGAGGACGCGAGUUGUGUGCGCCGAUGCCUCGAAUGGCCGUGAAUCGCGUCCGAUUCAGGCGGUCCGCAAUGAGCUGACAAUGUCGGAGCACGAGGACGAGGCGGACGCAUUGAUGUGGCCCGAUUUCAAGUACAUUACCAAUUGCAUAAUAUUGCAGAAUCCGGUGCAGAUCGAUCGUCGGGUGUCGCAGAUGCGCAUCUGCUCCUGCCUCGACAGUUGCAGCAGUGAUCUUUGCCAGUGCAACGGCGCCUCAUCGCAGAACUGGUACACGGCCGAGAGUCGACUCAAUUGUGACUUUAACUACGACGAUCCGGCGGUGAUCUUUGAAUGCAACGAUGUCUGUGGCUGCAAUCAGUUGUCGUGCAAGAAUCGCGUGGUGCAGAAUGGUACACGAACGCCGCUGCAGAUUGUGGAGUGCGAGGAGCCAGCCAAGGGCUGGGGAGUGCGUGCGUUGGCCAAUGUGCCCAAGGGCACCUUUGUGGCCAGCUAUACGGGCGAGAUUCUCACCGCACCGGAGGCGGAUCGACGCACUGAUGAUAGCUACUACUUUGAUCUGGACAAUGGGCAUUGCAUCGAUGCGAAUUAUUACGGCAAUGUCAGUCGCUUCUUCAAUCAUUCGUGCGAACCAAAUAUAUUGCCUGUGCGUGUCUUUUACGAGCAUCAGGAUUAUCGCUUUCCCAAAAUUGCCUUUUUCGCCUGCCGCGACAUCGACGCCGGCGAGGAAAUCUGCUACGAUUAUGGUGACAAGUUCUGGCGUGCGGAGCAACGUGCCAGCGGCGGCGGUUGUCGUUGUCUCACAGCCAGCUGCAAGUACGCGUUGCAUAGCGGCAGCUCGAAUGCUUCGCCCACAGUGACGGGCGGCGAGGAGGAAGCGCUGCCAGUGGCUGCGGAGGCUGUGCGACAAGAGCAAUGCCAAACGCCAACACUUUAAACAGAGGACACAACAAACAGUGAACGGGAUAAGUCAAAUCAAAACAAAUCAAUUCGACAAGGACUCUCUUGGCCAAGCCAAGUUGCCAAGCAUCACACACAAAGGAAAAAGGAAUUGCAAGCGCCAUAUUACAAAUAAAUAUGCAAAAUACAACACAAAAAAACAACAAGAAUAGCAGCAGCAGCAGCAACAAUAUGCAAAUUGUUGAUGUGUUGGCAAUCUGCGACUGCCAAAAUAUGUUUGAAGGUUUUAUCUACCUACACAUUUAAUUUAGUUAUUUGUUUAUACAUGAAUGUAUAUGUAUGUAGCAUGUAUGUGUUGACACACAUUAUUUUUUUUUUUAUUAUUAUUAUUAUGUAUUUGUUUUUAUGAGCUAAUUAAAUACGUUUUCUUUUUACUACUUUUAAUGACAAAACAAAAACACACAAAAUCAUACAAUAAGCUGCAUGCCGCAUUGUGCAAUACAAAAAUAAUGGCAAAACAAAACAAUCUAUAAAUAUAUAUAUAUACAAGAUAUAUGUAUACAUAAAUAUUUAAGACAUCCCUUUUUUUUUGUAUUGUUUAAAUGUUAAGCUAAACGAUUGAGAGAGCGAAGAACAAACGCGAAAAGCAGAGAGAAUUUUGUAUCUAGUCAUAGGCAACAAUACAUAAGCAUAUAGAAAGCACAUACAUAUAUAUAAUACGUAUGUACAGAUACUAUAUACUACUAUAUACUAUAUGUAUGUAUGUAAUUGGAAUUGUUAAAUGAGCUUUAACAAGCAGCAACAAUGCAACACACAAUAGCGAGACAACAACAACAGCAAAAGCAACAACCAACAACCAAUCGCACUAACGACGUGAAUUUAACAAUAAAUUGUAACUUGUUUUCUACUACAAUAUAUAACUAGUUAUAUCUAAUAUGCAUGUGUAUGUAUCUAUGUUUGUGUAUGUGUUUCUUUGGCAAACAUUAUUUAGACCAAUUCGAUGGAGCAUCGAGCAUGCAUUCAAACUAAACAUAAAUCUAUAACAAAUUAUACACAACAACAAAAGAAUCAAAAUUGAUAAUUGAAUGUUUGUGCUGGGCAAAGUACUGAUAGUCGUUAAUACUUGUUACAUUGAACAUUGUAUUUUAGCCAUAAAUACUCACACACACACAUACACAGAUUCAUACAUAGCGAAGCAAACGAAAAAAACUAGUUUUGAAUGCAGAAAUUGAGAUUGUGUGCGAGAGAUAAAAGAGGUGUUGCCCAUUGUCGUGUCGCCCAUUUCCGAAUUCUUUUUGUUACUUUUUUUUUGUUUUAUUUUUGGUUUUGUAGUUUAAACGGCAAAGCAACUGUAACAGUUAACGGCGGAUGCUGACGUCGAAGUUACAGCCUGGUCGCUACUGUUAUGGUUAAUUGAACUGUAAUGGCUGCUGCAUUUUCGCUUUGCGCAAGAAAGCCACAAGUGCCUCAAAAGCUUUCAAAGAACCCCGCGCCGCCCCACUGUAUGGCUCAUUCCCUCGACUGGAUCGAGUUCAAUAUUACGUGUGGAGGCCAGGACACAAGGUACUACAGGAAUAAUACAACAUAAAAAAAAAAAUACAAUACAAUACAUUGACUGCAAUGCAUUUUGAGAUGU